GGAUUCAGUCCUGAUUCUUGACCUCCCUAAAAUAAAACUUUAUUCUAACUUCAACUGUUCGGGUGUAAGCAUCUAAAUCUUACAUAUUACAAUUCAAAAGUAGUUUUUCCGAUCUGGCAUUUUUGCGUUCGUUCACGAAUUCGGCAAAAAUGUCGUUGCCACGAGUGUUCUUCGACAUUACCGCUGGAAAUGAGAAGCUGGGACGCAUCGUCAUGGAGCUGCGCUCGGAUGUGGUCCCGAAGACGGCCGAGAAUUUCCGGGCCCUGUGCACUGGCGAGAAGGGCUUUGGCUACAAGGGCUCUCCCUUCCAUCGCAUCAUACCCAACUUCAUGUGCCAGGGUGGAGACUUCACCAAUCAGAACGGAACCGGCGGGCGUUCCAUUUACGGCAACAAGUUCCCCGACGAGAACUUCGAGCUGAAGCACACUGGACCGGGCAUCCUCUCUAUGGCCAAUGCUGGGGCCAACAGCAAUGGAUCGCAGUUCUUCAUCUGCACCAGCAAGACCAACUGGCUGGACAAAAAGCAUGUGGUCUUUGGCAAGGUCGUCGAGGGCAUGGAUAUUAUCCAAAAGGUCGAAUCGUACGGCUCCACCACUGGCAAGACUGCCAAGCGAAUCUUCAUUGAGGACUGUGGCGCCUUAUAACUUGGCAACACAAUCCCUCCACCACCAAUAACAUUAACAAACAACUAGUUAGUUUACACCCAUAUACGCACACACACAUUGGUCCCAAAAAUGAACUAGUUCCGUUCCGUAGCAUUCAUAAACAGUGUUGUAUUCGCCCUCAAACAAGAGAAACACUUAAUGAAAUGAGCUGAGGCAUUGCAUAUGUA